UUUAUAAGUGGCCCCUCUCGGCUCCCAACUUCCAAUCCAACAAACAGCACCUAUCCUCCCGGCUCGAUCGAUUUCUUCUGCACCUCUUGUGUUCAGUUUGUUUAGCAAGUUUUAAUGGCGCCUCUCGGUGAUGCUCCUGUGGCUGCCGCAACGGCGCCAGGCCUCGUCGUCUCCUUUGGCGAGAUGCUGAUCGAUUUCGUGCCGGACAUGGCCGGCGUCUCGCUCGCUGAGUCGGGAGGCUUCGUCAAGGCACCGGGGGGUGCGCCCGCCAACGUCGCAUGUGCCAUCUCCAAGCUCGGCGGCUCCUCCGCCUUCGUUGGCAAGUUUGGCGACGACGAGUUCGGACACAUGCUGGUGGACAUCCUGAAGCAGAACAGCGUGAACGUGGAGGGCUGCCUCUUCGACCAGCACGCGCGCACGGCCCUGGCCUUUGUCACCCUCAAGUCCAACGGCGAGCAUGAGUUCAUGUUCUACCGCAACCCGUCGGCCGACAUGCUCCUCACCGAAGCCGAGCUCAACCUGGACCUCAUCCGCCGAGCUCGCAUCUUCCACUACGGCUCCAUCUCGCUCAUCACUGAGCCCUGCCGCUCCGCACACAUCGCCGCCAUGCGCGCCGCCAAGUCAGCCGGCAUCCUCUGUUCCUACGACCCCAACGUGCGCCUCCCGCUCUGGCCCUCCGCCCAGGCCGCACGUGACGGCAUCAUGAGCAUUUGGAAGGAGGCCGACUUCAUCAAGGUGAGCGACGAGGAGGUGGCCUUCCUCACGCAGGGCGACGCCCACGACGAGAAGAACGUCCUCUCGCUCUGGUUCGACGGCCUCAAGCUGCUGGUCGUCACCGACGGCGAGAAGGGAUGUAGGUACUUCACCAAGGACUUCAAGGGCUCCCUGCCAGGGUACUCCGUUAACACCGUCGACACCACCGGCGCCGGCGAUGCCUUUGUUGGAUCCCUCCUACUCAACGUCGCCAAGGACGACUCCAUCUUCUACAAUGAGGCCAAGCUGAGGGAGGUGCUCCAGUUCUCCAACGCUUGCGGGGCCAUCUGCACCACCAAGAAGGGAGCCAUCCCGGCGCUGCCCACCACUGCCACCGCCCUUGAGCUCAUCAGCAAGGACACCAACUAGCUCGUCUCGUAACGUCCGUCCGGGUUGAAUCUUUGGUAGUUUAGCUCCAUUUUUAUUUAUAUUAGGGAUGAGUUCAGUUUAGUUUGUGUGCCAGUCUUAUCUUAAUAGAAAGCAAAUCAUCUGUGAUGAUUUUAGUUGCUUCUGUUUGGUGGCAAUCUUGUGUAAUUAAGGAGGCUACUGAUUGUUGUAGCCUUCACCCAAAAAUUAUCAAAGCCUUGAAUGAAUGGACGUGUGUUCGGAAAAA